UCGUGUACUCCAAAGACCGAAGAAUUCUGUUUUCCUCCGUGGUGAAGCAGGGCUUGCGAAAACAAAAAGUGAAAGUGAGAGUUUGCCACUUUCCGAGGAAGAAACCAGUGUUUACGUUUGUCGAGAUAGACUUAAUUACUGUCGAAAAUGCCUAAAGGUAAGGGCGGUGGUGGUGGAGGUGGUGCCAAGAGUGGUGGAGGAGGUGCUAAGGGUGGCAAAGGUAAAGGAGCGGAAGGAGGAGACGAUGGAAAGUCUUCCAAAGGAGGGACAGCUGUGAAGGUCAGGCAUAUUUUGUGUGAGAAACAGUCCAAAGCCCUGGAAGCCAUUGAGAAGCUGCAGAGUGGGAUGAAGUUCAGUGAAGUGGCUGCUCAGUACAGCGAGGAUAAAGCACGCUCAGGGGGCGACCUGGGCUGGAUGACCCGAGGCAGCAUGGUGGGACCCUUCCAGGAGGCGGCCUUUGCUCUGCCCAACAGCUCCGUGGACAAACCCAACUACACCGACCCACCGGUCAAGACCAAGUUUGGCUACCACAUCAUCAUGGUGGAGGGGAAGAAGUGACCGCUGGCACGCAGACUCACGUGUGUGUGUGUGUGUGUGUGUGUGUGUGUUUGUGUGUGUGUGCUGGGGAGGGAGGUGGAGGGUGGGAAAAGUUUGUUUUUACCGACCGGUACUGUUUGCAUUGAUUACAUUGGUGAACAGUGUUGACUAUUUGCUUUCAAUGCGUGAGAAAUUUUGCAUGUGGUGAUGAAGUGAAGCGUGCCUGUGUGUGUCAAUGUGUAUGUGCGUGCGUUUGUGCGUUUUUCAAGGGUUUUGCUUUGCUUUCAUCUAGACAUCUCUGUAGGUUCUUUAUUUGCUAUGGGUUGGAAAAUGUACUAGCCCGUGUGUAUUAAUGUGUACCGUAUGCAUGUUCUAUUCCCAUGUAUACAUGAUGAAAUGGUCUGAAGGUGUUUGUGUGGAUGUUGGUGUUCAUUUGAAUUUAGUUCAAAUGUGGCUAUAAUGGUGGUGAUAAGAACGGUUGUCUCUCUUGUUAUUUUACGUACCUUUCCUGUAUAUAAGACUGAAACCGCAUGACUGAAUAAAUUAAACUUCUAUUCUAUGCUAACAAA